GGCCCCAUGAUGCUCGAUGCGCUCAUCCGAAUCAAGAACGAACUCGACCCUACCCUGACCUUCCGACGAAGCUGCCGUGAGGGUAUCUGCGGAAGUUGCGCGAUGAACAUCGACGGUGUUAACACCCUUGCGUGCUUGUGCCGCAUUCCCACCGAUACCGCCAAGGAGUCGCGCAUCUACCCCCUGCCUCACACCUACGUUGUCAAGGAUCUGGUUCCCGAUUUGACCCACUUCUACAAGCAGUACAAGUCCAUUAAGCCUUACCUGCAGCGUGAUACCCAGACCGAAGAUGCCCUGGAGCACCGUCAAAGUCCCGAGGAUCGCAAGAAGCUGGAUGGUCUGUACGAGUGCAUUCUGUGCGCCUGCUGCUCAACCUCCUGCCCCUCGUACUGGUGGAACAGCGAGGAGUACCUUGGACCCGCCAUCCUGCUUCAGUCCUACCGCUGGUUGGUCGAUUCCCGUGAUGAGAAGACUGCCGAGCGCAAGCAAGCUCUGGAUAACAGCAUGAGUGUGUACCGUUGCCACACUAUCCUUAACUGCUCGCGGACAUGCCCCAAGGGCCUCAACCCUGGACGAGCCAUCGCGGAGAUCAAGAAGAUGAUGGCCUCUCACUAGAGAGCCGAGCCAACCCGAAAAUGAACAAAAAGGGGGGGAAGAAAAAAAAGAUGUGAAAGAUUUGUCAUAUUUUCAUUACCUUCUCUAGCAUGUCUGGUCUCCCUUUUAUAUCCUUGUCUUCCCUCUCCUACUUUUUCCUCCCGAAAUUUCCU